AUGCCAAGACCAGCUUCAGCUCAAUCUGAACAAGAAGACAAUACUGAUUUACUAUUAAUUGAAGAAUAUGAACGAUUACAUAAUCAGUUAAGAAUAUUACAAAAUGAACGUCAAAAACAAACUGAAGAAUUUACUGUUAAACUAGGAAAAUAUAAAAAAGCUACAGAAAUAUUAGAAAAAGAAAAUGAAGAAAUUAAAUGUCUCCUAACAUUAGUAGAUAGUGAACAAAAUAGAAAACAAGAUAUGAAAUGUAUUGAACAAUUAAAACAAAUUUUAAAAGAACAAGAUAAUAUACAACUACAAAUUGAUGAAUUAAAAACUUAUGGAAAACGUUUAGAUAAUGAGACACGUAAAAUAGAAAAUCUUAUCCAAGAAAAACAACAAAUUCGUAUGAUACAAACUAAAAAAGAAACUGAAACCAAUGAAUUAAAAUUACAAAUUGAAAAAAAAUUAGUUACCAUGGAAAAUAAUUUACAUGAAAAAAAUAUGAAAUUUUGUAAUACUUUAGCAUAUAAUAAUAAAAUACGCCAUGAAAUAGAAUGUGCUAGAAAUGAACGAAAUAUUUAUUAUGCAAUACAUCAAAAAUUAAAAGAUAAAUUAAUACAUUUAAAUAAAUUAAAACUUAAAUUAAUUCAACAAGCAAGUCUUACAUAUGAUCAAAGAGCGGAUGCCAAAAAUAAAAGUAAUGCAUUAAAAGAAAAAAAUGAUAAAGAUAAUAUUGGAUUUGAAACUGAAAUGAAAGAUUUACAAAGAAUUAUUGAUCAUAAUGAUCAAUUAAAAAAAUUUAUGACAAUUAAAUCAGAUGAACGUUUAGAUUGGAAACAGAAAGCAGAAAAUCGUCGACGUAAAUAUGGUGCUACUGGUGAAAUAGCACAACAUCAAAGAAGUUUAAAAAUUCAAGAAUAUGAAUCAGCAAUGAAUCGUUUACAAUUAAUCACUGGAAAAUCUGAUGUUGAACAAAUGACUAGAUAUUAUAAACGUAAUGAAGAUGAUAACUUUACAAUGUUUAAAUAUGUGACUGAAUUAAAUAAUCAGAUUGAAUGCUUAAAUGAUAAUAUCACAAAUAUAGAGAAAACAAUUAAUGAAUACGAUGAAGAACAAAAAGUAAUUGAAAGACAAAGAGUUAAUAAAAUGACUGAAUUACAGGCACAAAUCAAGUCUGAUAAAGAAGCCGCUAAUACAGCUGAAAAUCGUACAAUACAUAUACAUAAAUUACUAGAUCAAAUUAAAACAGAAAUAAAACAGUUAACUAUAAAACUUGGUUGUGAUUUAUCUAGAAUAACCGAAAUGCUUGGCGGUGAUGGUGAUCAAAUAACUGAAAGAAAUUUAAUGCUUUAUCUUAGCGUAUUAGAACAAAGAGUAGAUGAAUUACUAUCAGUUAAAUGUUAUUCACAAACUAAAGGACAUAGUGAUGAGAUGAGUCAAGAAAAUCCGAAGAUAACUUUGGCAACAAAUUUCAUGGAAACCGUAAGAACAAACAGAGAUACAUCACUUGUGUUACCAUCUUUACAAGAUGAAGAUGAUACCAAUGAUGAUGAAAAUACACCAACAUCAAUUCGUCCAUUAUCACAAGCUGAAAUAAUUAGUCGAGUUACACGUCAAUUACAAAAAUUGGAAGCGAAACACCAUCCAUCUAUGAAUACAAAUAAAACUUACAGUCGUGUGUCAUCACCUAAUAGGCGACUAAAAAUUCGUAUGUAA